UAGCAUAAUUGUCAAUGGCCAAGAUUGUCGCACUAAUCCUUGUUGCUAUCACAUUGGUAGCCGCACAGGUGCCGGCGGAAUGCGCACCGCCGAGAAGUAUUAGUGAGGUGGACUCGAAAAUGAAGAAGGCCCUCGAUGGCGUCAUCUCUUCCGCCCCACCGGCAGAAACUAAAGUUGCUGGAACUACCGCUGCCUACGAGAAAGCUGCUGAUGUUAUCAUUGCCGCCGCGCCCGCUGACGAGUUUACAGUAAUGGAAGAAGCCUUCAACGCGGUCGAGUCAGUGCCGGCGGAAUGCGCCAUUGCCGACAAGUCCAUCUGUGAGGUGGACUUGAAAGUUCGGAAGGCCCUCCAUGGUGUCGUCUCCGCCGCCCCACCGGCAAAAAAGCCCGAAACUAAAGAUGCCACGUUCAAACAGAGUUUUGUUGCUGCAGCUUCUCUCGCCCAGGCUGCAAAUGCAGGAGACGACAAGAAAGUCGCUGGAAUUACCGCUGCCUACGGGAGGGCUGCUGAUGCGGUCAUUGCUGCCGCGCCCGCCGACAAGUUUACAGUAAUGGAAGAAACUUUCACGGCUGCUCGUCCUAUUGCUUGAGCGGCACCUCGUCCAUGUUCGAACAUGAGACCUUCGCUGAGACAGCCUGCUGUGCUACCACACACGUACUUAGCAUCAAUGAUGCAUCAUUCAUGUAAUCACUAUUAUUGAAUCCAUUAUGGCUGUACCUUCAAUUUGUAAGAGCACGUA